GUCAAUGUGCAGAAGAGAAGACGGAUAAACCACCGGAAAACCAAAACCUAGUCUGCUCCGGUCUUCUUCUACAAAUUCAGAUUAUCAAAAUCUUCUGUACAAAUCUAUCAUUGAAGUUUUCCUUGUUUGGUUGAAGAAGAGGGAGGGAGGAAACAAAAGCCGGCAAAGAUGAGGAUUAUGAUAAAGGGAGGUGUUUGGAAAAACACCGAAGAUGAAAUCCUCAAGGCGGCGGUGAUGAAAUAUGGGAAAAAUCAAUGGGCCCGAAUCUCCUCGCUUUUAGUUCGUAAAUCGGCUAAACAAUGCAAAGCUCGCUGGUAUGAGUGGCUCGAUCCUUCUAUCAAGAAGACUGAGUGGACGAGAGAAGAAGAUGAGAAACUGUUACAUCUUGCAAAGCUCAUGCCCACCCAGUGGAGAACGAUUGCUCCUAUUGUUGGUCGUACUCCAUCUCAGUGUCUGGAACGCUAUGAGAAACUCCUUGAUGCUGCAUGUGCGAAGGACGAGAACUAUGAGGCAGGAGAUGAUCCUCGCAAAUUGCGUCCUGGAGAGAUCGAUCCAAAUCCAGAAUCAAAGCCUGCCCGUCCUGACCCCGUGGACAUGGAUGAGGACGAGAAAGAGAUGCUUUCGGAAGCACGAGCUCGGUUAGCCAACACCAGAGGUAAAAAGGCUAAAAGGAAAGCAAGGGAGAAGCAGCUUGAAGAGGCUCGAAGGCUUGCUUCACUGCAGAAAAGGAGAGAGCUAAAGGCUGCUGGAAUCGACGUGCGGCAAAGGAAGAGAAAGAGGAGGGGAAUCGAUUACAAUGCCGAAAUUCCCUUUGAAAAGAAGCCUCCUCCGGGCUUUUAUGAUGUUACAGAUGAAGAUCGGCCAGUGGAGCAACCGAAAUUCCCUACUACCAUUGAAGAACUUGAAGGUGAAAGAAGGGUUGAUAGGGAAGCUCGUCUGAGGAAGCAGGAUGCUGCGAGAAACAAGAUUGCAGAGAGACAGGAUGCUCCUUCAGCUAUAAUGCAAGCAAACAAGCUUAAUGAUCCAGAGGCAGUAAGGAGGAGAUCAAAAUUAAAUCUUCCUGCACCACAAAUUCCAGAUCAUGAAUUGGAGGCAAUUGCAAAAAUUGGUAUAGCUAGUGAUAUUAUAGGGAGUGAGGAACUUACAGAAGGUAAUGCUGCCACUCGAGCCCUCCUUGCAAGUUAUGCCCAGACACCACAGGGGGGAAUGACUCCAUUAAGAACCCCUCACAGAACACCUGCUGGUAAGCAGGAUGCCAUAAUGAUGGAGGCAGAAAAUCAGAGGAGGUUAAGUCAAUCUCAGACACCUUUACUUGGAGGAGAUAACCCCAUACUUCACCCCUCUGAUUUCUCUGGAGUCACUCCAAGGAAAAAGGAAAUCCAAACACCAAAUCCACUUGUAACUCCUUCAGCAACUCCUGGAGGCCCAGGCCUUACGCCUAGAAUUGGCAUGACACCUUCAAAGGAUGGAUAUUCUUUUGGUACAACACCAAAAGGAACUCCAAUUAGAGACGAGCUGCGCAUAAAUGAAGAUAUGGAGAUGCAUGACAGUGUUAAGCUGAGACAAGCUGAUUCCAGGAAGGAACUGCUCUCUGGUCUGAAAAAUCUUCCACAGCCCAAGAAUGAGUACCAAAUUGUCACCCAGCCAAUUCCUGAAGAUAAUGAAGAGCCUGAGGAGAAGAUUGAAGAAGACAUGUCUGACAGGUUAGCUAGGGAGAAGGCUGAGGAGGAAGCUAGGCAACAAGCAUUGCUGAAGAAAAGAUCGAAAGUACUUCAGAGGGAACUACCUAGACCUCCUGGUGCUUCACUGGAUUUAAUCAGAACUUCACUAAUAAGAUCUGAUGAAGACAAGAGCUCUUUUGUUCCUCCAACGUUAAUUGAGCAGGCUGAUGAAAUGAUAAGAAAGGAACUUCUGUCUUUGCUAGAGCAUGAUAAUGCAAAGUAUCCACAUGAUGAGAAAGUGAAGAAGGAGAAGAAGAAAGGAACAAAAAGAAAGGCUGCUUCUGUACCUGUGAUUGAAGAUUUUGAAGAAAAUGAAAUGAAAGAGGCUGAUAGCUUGAUAAAAGACGAGGCUGAGUUUCUUCGUCUAGCAUUGGGACAUGAGAGUGCUUCUGUUGAUGAAUUUGUCGAAGUUCAUAAAACAUGCUUAGAUGAUGUUAUGUAUUUCCCUAAUCGAAGAGGCUAUGGGCUUUCCAGUGUUGCUAACAACAUGGAGAAGCUUGCUGCUUUACAGAAUGAAUUUGAGUGUGUAAAGAAGACGAUGGAUGAUGACACCAAGAAAGCACAGGGUCUUGAGCGAAGGAUAAAAGUUCUUACAGAUGGUUAUCAGAUGAGAGCUGGGAAGCUAUGGUCGCAAGUUGAAGCCAUCUAUAAGCAGAUGGAUACUGCAGAGACUGAGCUUAAAUGCUUCCAAGCUUUGCAGGUGCAAGAGCACUUGGCUGCAUCAAACAGGAUAAAUACUCUGUGGGAAGAAGUUCAGAAGCAGAAGGAGCUGGAGAGCACCUUACAGAAAAGGUUUGGGGACCUUCUGGCACAAAAAGAGAAGAUUCAGAAUCUCUUGGAGGAACACAGAGCAAAGGCACAAGUACAAGAAGAAAUUGCAGCAGAAAACGCGGCCCCUGAGUUGCCCAAAGAUGAGGAUUCUUCAAUUGGAAAUGAGACCAUGGAUGUUGAUGUGAUCCCAGAAGUUGCACCUCCUAGCUCAAGUGACACAAAUGAGGUUCCCGAAAUAGUGAAGGAACAGUUGGGGGAAGCUAGAGGAGAAUUAAGUUCCAAAGCUUUCGUUGAGGAAGAUCAUGCAGAUGUAUCUGAUGUUAAACCCCAGCGAGGUAUGAAUGGUCCGGUCCAAGGGACAGAAGAAGUCGUGGAUGCCAGCGUUACUGCGUGAUUAAUUGAAUGUCUUCGGAAGCUAGCAAAGAUUGGAUGAUGUACAAUGUGGAAGAUGCAGAAAAAUAGAUUUCUGGUGCCAACUUAAAUCAAUGGAGGAUCUAUACAAGUGAGAUGAGUGCUACUUUGUUGGCGUCUCCGACCAAUCAUAUGCUUGAAAUUGUUUUUUUUGAUUUACUAGAAAAACUGAGUGACAAUUCUAUGUAACAUUCAUCAUUUGUAGUGUAUCGCUUCCGAGGGAUUUUUGCCAUUAGUUACCUUUCUGUUCUCCGAGGAACAUAAAGUUGAGCAUAAAUGUUAAUACGCUAUUCCCUGCA